UAUCUAGUGUGAGGACUUUCAACUCCAACUUUAUUGACAGUCUCUCAGAGAACAGAAUUUAAAUAUAUCUAAUGACCAUUCUGCACUUGAAAUGGGAUUUUUUAAUACAUAAAACUCCCCGCCCAGCUGUCACAAACGACUGUGGCCCUUGUCACAAACGACUUUUCAGUAAUUUCCCUUAGGCUUGCCUUCCUGUAGGCGCAAGCAUGAUGGUUAUAAGUCCUGAAUAGGGAGGGGCCACAGCAGUAGGGAGGGAGGGAGGUAGGGAGGUGGUUGGGAGGGAGGGAGGGAGGGAGGGGCCUGGGAACUUGUGUGUUGCGGAACCAUAGUCCCAUGCUCCGAAGUUCCCUAGGACUUGGAUCGGCUUCUUGGUCCAGUGGUUACCGGAAUUUCCUGUUUCGUUCCAUGUGAGACCAGGAGCGGCCAAGAUGUCGGAGAAGAAAAGUUUACGGGGCAAGCGUCAGCAGACCUUGGAUCACUGCUUGAAGGAGCUGAGCACUGCCACUGCUCACCCAGAGCAGUUCCUUACUGUUCAAAAUGGAUUGGCUGUAAAUUUUACAUUUUUAACAAAAACGCUUUAUGAUUUACAUAAAACAUUCAAGACUGAUGUCGUUCUUGGGAGCCCUUUAAAAGAACUGGUGAUAGAAGACUUUGAUGAUGAGCAGAUUUGGCAGCAACUGGAAUUGCAGAAUGAACCAGUUUUACAAUACUUCAAAAAAGCCGUUAAUGGAAGCAUUAAAGACGAGAAACUCUGUCUUCUUCCAGAGAGUGAAGAGGUUGACUCAGAGAUGGAUGUUGACAAUGAGGAAAAAAUAGAACAGCAUUCAAACUUGAAGGAAAAGUCAAAUCUAGUUAAUGAUAGCCUUAAAGAAGAGAGUAAGAAAAAUAAAAAGUUAGAUAAAAUUGAUGUUGAGAAAAGUUCAGAUUUUAGUGAUGAAGAUUCUGACCUUAACUUUGAUAUUGAUAAAUUAGAACAACAAAACAACAAGUCAAAAGUGUUUAUUAAAUCAAAAGAGAAAUCCAUAGUAGAUGAUAAAUUUUUUAAGUUGUCUGAAAUGGAGUCCUUCUUGGAAGAUAUAGAAAAAGAGGAGAGAGAAAAAAAGGAAGAUGACGAAGAAGAGGAAGUUAAUUAUUUUGAAGAAAUUAUGUCUGAUGAAGAUGGUGACCUAUUUACAGACUCUCCAAAAAAGUCAGGUAAAAGUUCCAGAAAUCUAAAGUACAAAGAUUUCUUUGACCCAAUUGAAAAUGAAGGUAUAGCAAGUGAUAAUGAUGAACUGAGUCUGGAUGGGGAUGAAGAUGAAGUCAGUGAAGAAGAUUAUGAAGGAAUUUCAGAAGAGGAGGAAGAUAGUGAAAAUAUGAGAGUACAACUUGAAGAAAUGAAAAAACAACUUGAAGAUGUGAAAAGAGUAACCUUUGCCUUGCCUGAUGACAGAGAAACCGAAGACACAGAUAUUUCCAGGAAAAAGAAUAGUUCUGAUGAAAUAAAAUCCUCUUUUGAACAAAGACAGGAAAAGAUGGCAGAAAGAAUUAAAUCUUUAGAGAAAGAGUUGCUGGAACAGAAACCUUGGCAGCUUCAAGGGGAAGUGACAGGACAAAAGAGACCAGAAAACAGCCUUCUAGAGGAAACGUUACACUUUGACCAUGCAGUCAGGAUGGCACCUGUGAUUACUGAAGAAACCACUUUACAACUUGAGGAUAUCAUUAAACAAAGAAUAAGAGAUCAGGCUUGGGAUGAUGUGGUACGCAAAGAAAAACCAAAGGAGGAGGCAUUUGAAUAUAAGAAACGUUUAACAUUAGACCAUGAAAAGAGUAAAUUGAGCCUUGCAGAGAUUUAUGAGCAAGAAUACCUCAAACUUAACCAGCAAAAGAAAGAAGAGGAAGAAAACCCAGAGCAUGUAGAAAUUCAGAAGAUGAUGGAUUUACUCUUUCAAAAAUUGGAUGCUCUUUCUGACUUUCAUUUUACACCUAAGCCACCUGUUCCAGAGGUUAAAAUUGUCUCUAACCUUCCUGCUAUCACUAUGGAGGAAGUAGCACCUGUACAUGUUAGUGAUGCAGCUCUUCUAGCUCCGGAAGAAAUCAAGGAGAAAAAUAAGGCAGGUGACAUAAAAACAGAUGCAGAAAAAUCUGCUACAGACAAGAAACGAGAACGAAGAAAGAAGAAAUAUCAGAAGCGUAUGAAAUUAAGAGCAAAGGAAAAACGGCAACAAUUGUUAGCAAAGACCAAGCCUGAGCAGGCUGAAAAAUUAAACAAAGCAGCAGCAUCUGCACAAUUAAAGAAACUAACUAAAACAGGCAAAGCAUCUAUCCUAAAGGAUGAAGGUAAAGAUAAGGCCUUGAAGUCUUCUCAAGCAUUCUUUUCUCAAUUACAAGAUCAAGUGAAAAUGCAAAUCCAGGAUGCCAAGAAAACACAAAAGAAGCAGAAAAAGAAAAAAGAAAUUUCUGUGCAUAAACUCAAACUGUAACAUAUUUUAUCAUAAUGUAAAUAUUAAACUAAGUAAAUAUUG